AUGAUGAAAAUCGUCGCUGUCCUUGCUUUCGUAGCCCUCUUUGCUACCAUCGCCACCUCCCACCACAUUACCCAAGUCACUUUCACCACCAACUGUGACCAAGCAUGUGCCACCAAUGCCACCAACGGAUUAAAGAACGUCACUGCCAACGCUGGUGAAUGUGUCAAGCUCACCAACCCAUGCGGUACCUCCGAAUGGCCAUACGUCUUUGUCAACGUCACCGGAACCCAAUACACCUUCACCAACUUUGGUACCAACGCUACCUCCCAAUGUAACGGAACUGCUGUCGAAGCCUUCCCAGCUGCUGAAUGUAACGCUAACUGCACUGAAGGUGGAAAUGGUGCCUUCUCUGGUUUCUCUGGUGUCGUCUCAUGUGUCGCCCUCGAAGAUUCUUCCUCUGCCUCUACCGUCGCUGCCUCAUUGGUUGCCGUCGUCGUUGCUUUGGUUGCUGCCCUCCUCUAA